CCCGCCCCUGCGCCGUCCCCGAGGGACGACUGAGUCCUCAAACAACAAAGUCCUCCGCCUAGAAGGGCCGGAAGUACUUCAGGGCGCUCACAGGGCCCACCCCUCCGCUUCCGGCAUGGGCUGCGGGGAGUCGGUGUUGCGACUCCGUGUCCGGUCAGUAGGAUGGCGCCGCGCCGAUGCGGUCAUAGCACCGAGAGCGGAGGGCCACCAAGCGCUUCCACCGCCUUCCGAAGUUUGCCCCCAGUGGCAGGAGAUGGGGGAGGCCGGUCCUUCUGUUUCGCCUGCGUUCCCCGCUCCCUUGCAUCACCGAGACGUGGGCCUCCAUCGUUCUAGCCCUCCUGUCCUGUUCCUGGGUGCCUGCUAGAGCGUCUCCUCGCCGUUUCCUGUCGCCCAGGGUCCCGGCGGGGGCAGAGAGGGAGAAGGGGGCGUAGCGCAACCGCGGAGGCAACUCGCGAGCUGCGGUGGCUCCCAGGCGCCGGAAGUGUUGGCAGGGAGGCCGGAAGUGAGGGGGAGGGGCCAGGAAGUGAGGAGGGGCGGGGGUUUAUAAGGAGGCCAAGGGAGCGUUAGGGCAGAUUUGCACUCAGGGCUACUUGAGGGACUUGGCAGUGGCGCUCUGCUCUUCCCUUCCUCUCGCAGGGACACGGUUGUCGUCUGGGAGUAGGGUACUGUGUGUGGAGGGGUGGGUUGUUGGGAGGACAUUUCUCUGGCUGCGCUUGAGGCAAAGUGUGAAGAGGCAGGGCUGGGAGUGGGGCCGGGUCGUCAGGGCGUCUGAGGGGGAAGACCCCCGACCCCCGCCGCCCGUCUACACUGGCUGACUGGACACUAAAAUGGCUGCCGUUGCCAUGGCACCCAACCCCGUGCAGACCCUUCAGGAGGAGGCGGUGUGCGCCAUCUGCCUCGAUUACUUCACGGACCCCGUGUCCAUCGGCUGCGGGCACAACUUCUGCCGCGUGUGUGUAACCCAGUUGUGGGGAGGGGAGGAUGAAGAGGACAGGGACGAAUUAGACCGGGAGGAGGAGGAGGAGGACGGGGAGGAGGAGGAAGUGGAGGCUGUGGGGGCCGGUGGGGGGUGGGACACCCCCAUGCGGGAUGAAGAGUAUGAGGGUGACAUGGAGGAGGAGGUCGAGGAGGAAGAGGAGGGUGUGUUCUGGACCAGUGGCGUGGGCGGGUCCAACUGGGAUAACGUGGACUACGUGUGGGAGGAGGAGGACGAGGAGGAAGACCUGGACUACUACUUGGGGGACAUGGAGGAGGACCUCAGGGGGGAGGAUGAGGAGGACGAGGAGGAAGUGCUGGAGGAGGACGAGGAAGAAGAGCUAGAGCCCGUCACCCCACUGCCCCCGCCUCCAGCCCCUCGGAGGUGCUUCACCUGCCCCCAGUGCCGAAAGAGCUUUCCUAGGCGGAGCUUCCGUCCCAACCUGCAGCUGGCCAACAUGGUCCAGGUGAUUCGACAGAUGCACCCAACUCCUGGUCGAGGGAGCCGUGGGACCGAGCAGGGCAUUUGUCCCAAACACCAGGAAGCCCUGAAGCUCUUCUGCGAGGUGGAUGAAGAGGCCAUCUGUGUGGUGUGCCGAGAAUCCAGGAGCCACAAACAGCACAGCGUGGUGCCAUUGGAGGAGGUGGUGCAGGAGUACAAGGCCAAACUGCAGGGACAUGUGGAACCACUGAGGAAGCACCUGGAGGCUGUGCAGAAGAUGAAGGCCAAGGAGGAGAGGCGGGUGACAGAGCUGAAGAGCCAGAUGAAGUCGGAGCUGGCGGCUGUGGCCUCAGAGUUUGGGCGGCUGACACGGUUUCUGGCUGAAGAACAGGCAGGGCUGGAGCAGCGCCUCCGAGAGAUGCACGAAGCCCAGCUGGGGCGCGCAGGAGCAGCAGCCAGCCGCCUUGCAGAGCAGGCUACCCAGCUGAGCCGCCUGCUGGCCGAGGCCCAAGAACGGAGCCAGCAGGGGGGCCUGCGGCUGCUCCAGGACAUCAAGGAGACUUUCAAUAGGUGUGAAGAGGUACAGCUGCAGCCCCCAGAGGUCUGGUCCCCUGACCCGUGUCAACCCCAUAGCCAUGACUUCCUGACAGACGCCAUCGUGAGGAAAAUGAGCCGGAUGUUCUGUCAGGCUGCCCGAGUGGACCUGACACUGGACCCUGACACGGCUCACCCGGCCCUGAUGCUGUCCCCUGACCGCCGAGGGGUCCGCCUGGCAGAGCGGCGGCAGGAGGUUGCUGACCACUCCAAGCACUUCUCAGCGGACUGCUGUGUACUGGGGGCCCAGGGCUUCCGCUCUGGCCGGCACUACUGGGAGGUAGAGGUGGGUGGGCGGCGGGGCUGGGCAGUGGGUGCUGCCCGUGAAUCGACCCAUCAUAAGGAGAAGGUGGGCUCUGGGGGGUCCUCUGUGGGCAGCGGGGAUGCCAGCUGCUCCUCACGCCAUCAUCAUCGCCGUCGCCGGCUCUACCUGCCCCAGCAGCCCCUGCUCCAGCGGGAAGUGUGGUGUGUGGGCACCAAUGGUAAACGCUACCAGGCACAGAGCUCAACGGAGCAGACACUGCUGAGCCCAAGUGAGAAACCGAGGCGCUUUGGUGUGUACCUGGACUAUGAGGCCGGGCGCCUGGGCUUCUACAAUGCAGAGACUCUGGCCCACGUGCACACCUUCUCGGCUGCUUUCCUGGGCGAGCGUGUUUUCCCUUUCUUCCGGGUGCUCUCCAAGGGCACCCGCAUCAAGCUCUGCCCUUGAUCAGCCUGCCACCCGUAGGGGCCCCUCUGGUCAGCACUGUGGGGGCGGGUGGUGGUGGAAGAUGGCCCUCAAAGGCUCCUCCCACUGUUACUGCAUUGCUUCCCACUCCUGCAUCUCCCUCUAGGAGCCUAAAGAACUUUCUUGGCCUCCAGCUUUGCCUCCUCUCACCUAUGUCUGCCAAACAGGUCUGCAUGGGUCCCUGAUGAGAAUAGCUGCCUGGUUAUCCCUCCUGUGGGCCCAGGGUUCUGAGUUUGAGUAGGGGAUGAGGGGAGAUGGUAAUUUCAUUACUAAACUUCCCUUUCCCCACCCCUGCUCUUCAACCUUCAAGUCACUUCUGAGGCUGGAGGAUUUGGGCAAGACUGAUGACAGCCCCCAUUCCAAUUCCAUUUUCUGAUGCAAAUUUUAGCUAAGGGAUUUGGAAGCUUUUUUGGGGAGGCAGGCGGGGCAAAAGGGUGGAGCUGGGUAAUAAUGUCUUACUAUCCGGGGGAAGUAGAAGGGAUUCUACACUUUCCUUCCAUCCCCAAUUUCUACCUCCAUAGACUGGCCAGAAUUUAGCCUCAGUGAGAGGUCUAGAAUGGUGGACACCAUUGAAACCACGUACCUUUAUAUCACCCAAUAAAUUAUUUUCUCCCCCUUCCUUUUUCCAGUACUCAGCCCAAAAGCAAAGCUCACCCAUCCUAUCCCUCCAGGUCUUUUCAUUCUCAGGCUCCUUUCCCUUUUGUUCAGUGAAAUUCCUUUGUCCUCUUCAAGUCUUUAGUUCCCUCCAUGUGGCAAGCCCUGACUGGGAGCCUGGGGACAGGGGUUUGGAUCCCCCGAGAGGAGAGCCUUGGGUGUAAUCUGUUUUUCUAGUAACUCCUUGCCUUCUGUCACUUAGCAGCUUUUGUCCUCAGCUUUGAUCGCUGAGGUUGUUUUACGUUCCUGAGGGAAAGGGAAGAUGGGCUGUGUUGUGGAAAUAAAAAGGUUUAUUUGCUUCU